AUGCAGGAGAGUAAAGUCUACAAUUGGCAGAAACCAAAGGAAAGUAUUAAAAGAAUUAAGCAUUGGAAUUCAUUAUCAUUCGGGGACAAUAUUACUGCUUUGUACGGAAUAAAUCAGUUUUCUCAUUUAUCUUCUGAAGAAUUUAAAGCUAUUUACCUACAAAGUAGAUCUUCUAAAGUUCCCAGUUAUGUUCCUCAAGUUGCAUUACAAGGAACAGGGUCACCCUUGCCAGCAAAGUUUGAUUGGAGGGACAAGAAUGUUGUUACAGAAGUGAAAAAUCAAAGAGAGUGUGGUGCCUGCUGGGCUUUCAGUAUUGUUAGUGGAAUAGAAUCUGCUUAUGCAAUUAAAGGAAAUACUCUGGAAGAACUCAGUGUACAGCAAGUCAUUGACUGUUCAUAUAAUAAUUAUGGUUGCAAUGGUGGUUCAACUAUUAGUGCACUGAGUUGGCUAAAUGAGACACAUGUGAAACUGGUGAGAGAUUCAGAGUAUCUGUUUAAAGCUCAUACAGGAUUGUGCCAUUACUUCAGACGUUCUGAUUUUGGAAUCUCAAUAACAGAUUAUGUUGCAUAUGACCUAAGCAAACAUGAAGAUGAAAUGAUGAAGAUGCUGAUUAAAUGGGGUCCUUUGUCCGUAGUUGUAGAUGCACUUAGCUGGCAAGAUUAUCUUGGUGGUAUCAUACAACAUCAUUGUUCUAGUGGGGAACAGAAUCAUGCUGUGGUUGUAACGGGUUUUGAUAGAACAGGUAGGAUUCCCUAUUGGAUUGUACGGAACUCCUGGGGACAUACAUGGGGAAUAAAUGGCUAUGCUCAUGUUAAAAUGGGCUCUAAUAUUUGUGGUAUUGCUGAUUUAGUUUCUGCUGUAUCUGUAUGAAGGAUUUGUGGCAAAUAUUGAAGAUACUAGUUUAUAAUGAAGAAUGUUGCCAAUGUUCAGAUUGUACCAGUCCUUGGAUCUGGGAACAAUCUUCCAGCCAGCUCCUCAAAACUACUUGCUGAUUGCACAGUCUAUACUAUUUCCAAUUAUUUAAAUUAUUGUUUGAUCUACUAGCAUAUUAGAGCUAUGGUGGCACAGUGGUUAGAAUACAGUAUCAUAGUCCACUGCCACAGAUUUAAUCCUGACAGCUGUAAAGCACUAUAAAGCGGUAAAUGCUAUUAAUAUAUUGGCUAUGCUGCAGAAUGUAUGAACCAACUUCAAAAACAUAUUUUUAGAAACUAUUUUCUUUGAUACUCUGCUACUACCGAGAUGUAUUUCCACCGUGUUUUGUAAUCUUUUAUAUUCUACUGGAAUAAAAGCGUAUUACUGUGUAGUUUUUGCUUCUCCAUGUAUGAAUUUGAUUCAAAUUGAAUAGAAACCUGCAAUAAUUGGAAUUGCUAAUUUGGAUAAUAGUAGGGUUGGAAGCCUUUUAUACAUAUACAGAUAUAAUUUUGGAAGUGUUUGCAAUUAACAGUUGGUCACAGUUGAAAUAUUUCUAAUAGUUUAAUAAAUUUUAAUUAAAUGUCUCAAAAGGUCAUAUGAAACUCUUUUUGUAUAUUCAUGUCAAUAUCAUCUGAUAUUUUUAAUAAUAAAUAUAAACAUUUAAAAACCUUAUUUUCUUUGCAUUUGAACUUCAAAAAUUGCUCCCACUAGGAUUUUCUACUUUGGUUGAGUAACAACUGGGAAAGAAAUGCAUGCACAUAUAUCAUAAUUGCUAAUUCAUCCGAAAGGAAGGCAAGUCAAUUCCAUCAACCAAUAAGAUUUUAUAUGCUCUCACCUAUUAACAUUAUAUCUUUUUGAAAUAAUGCAGAAAAGCAAGAAACGCUAUUCCAAAGAAAGUCAUAAUAAACAAA